GAAAUAAAUCAACCUGUCAAAAAAACUUUAAUCGCAAAAAAUAAUAAUACUCCUACUCCUACACCUGCAAAUAAAGUUGUUAAAAAACCAGAUGAAAAGGUAGGAUCUUCAAAUACAGAAUCUCAAAAAAAAAGUGAUGGCACAGAUGAUAAAUCUAAAAAGGAUGGCCAAGGUGCUGAUAAAACAAAAGGCACAAGUGCAGAUAGUAAAUCUAAAAACAAUGAUGAUAAUAAAUCGAAUGUACAAAAAUAUGGUUAUUUCUCAUGGUUAUGGAAGUAUUUUCAACCCAAAAAAACAGAAGUCAAAAAAUAA